CCCCAUUACGAAGUUCUCCCCAACCUCAAAACAAUAUACAAUGAUCUCAUGAAAAACCAAUAUCUAAAUUACGAUUCUUUCAACCCAACUCCGGGUCAGACCCAAAUCAUGAAAGAAAUUAAAAAAACAACUCUCCCUUUUCUAGAAAUCAGGAAAAUAGUCAACUUGAAAGGAAGAGACCUCCUCUGGAGAUUAGCUCUUAAAGCUCUUCCAAAGAUCCACAACGCCCCUUGCAUCUGGUGUAACGAACAGGAAACCUCAGAACACAUCUUCUUCAAAUGCAAAUCACACAUUAAAGAAACUCAAGAGUGCAUCAACUACAUUCAAGAAAAAUCUGGAGGAUCCAGAAUCAAUUGGGGAAUAGAAAUCUUCAACAGACUAGACAUUCCAUUAACAGCCAACGCCAUAGCCAUUAUUUGCGAAAACAUCUGGAGAAGAAGAAACAAGAAAAUCCGGAUAACACUAGGAAUAACACUCAAAAACUUAAGAAAACAACUACUAGUACACGAACUAAAGAAAACUCAAACAGCAGCCUGGGAAAGAACAAAAAACAACAUAUACAAACUAAUCAGACAAGAAAAAAAAGCAACCAACAACGAACAAAUAAAAAAAUUCAAAAACAUCAUCUCCCUACAACUCGAAAGAUUUAGCAAACACUGGAACUCACCACUUCACGCAAUAGCACU